AAUCGCUCAAAAAAAAGGGAAAAAAAGGCAGGCAGUACACAAUCCUCAAAAAAAAAAAAAAAAGACAGGCAGGACACAGAUUCCGCAGUAGUAAAACAGAUCAGUCCGGGGUCGUGGCCUCCACUCGGCAUCUUCUUCCUCCCCCACAUCGCACUUCCUCCCCUGCUAGAUUCCUCCCUCCACCGACCGGCAAGGCCUCUCUCCUGCACUUCCCUCGCCCAAGGUUGCACCAGAGAAGGCGGAAAACAUCACAGUUUGCGAAAUCGUGGAGCGGUAGAGAGAGAUGGCCGAGACGGUGUUCGCUCCGUGUUUGGAAGGGAUGAAGCAUGUCAGGUCGGACAGCGGGGUCAUGCUCGCCAAGCCCUUCCUUGAUGUCUGCAAGCAAAUCUUGCCUGUCCUGGAUAAAUUUGGUGCUGCUAUGGCAAUUGUGAAGAGUGAUAUUGGAGGUAAUAUCACGAGGUUGGAGAACAAGUAUUCUUCAGACCCGUCAAAAUAUGAGCACUUGUACACCAUGGUCCAAGAAGAAGUUGAAAAGAAGACCGCAAAGGGUUCAUCAAGCUGCACAAAUGGACUUCUAUGGCUCACGAGGGCUAUGGACUUCCUUGUUGAACUGUUCCGUAAUCUACUUGACCAUCCAGACUGGACUAUGAGUCAAGCAUGUACUGAUUCAUACACAAAAACUCUGAAGAAAUGGCAUGGGUGGCUCGCCAGUUCCAGUUUUACGGUGGCUAUGAAGCUUGCUCCUAACAAAGAUAAAUUUAUGGAGGUAAUUAGCGGAACGGGUGAUAUCAAAGCAGACAUUGAGAAAUUCUGCACCACCUUUUAUCCCUUUCUCAAGGAGAAUCAUGACUUCCUGGCCAGUGUUGGGCUCGAUGAUAUGAAGGCUUCUUAAUGCAAUACACACCGACAAUCAUCACAAAUAUGAAGUGCUGCUAUUUUCUCGAAUUUUAUUGUGGCCAAGGAUACACUGUUUUGCAUACUGAUCUUCAGGAAAUUAUAGACGAAUAAUAAGUCAAAAUGUUUGGGUGUUCAUGAUCCAUAGCUACAUACAAGAUGAAUUGAAUGUAUGCAUGGGAUCAAAAUUAACUUUUGAAAGUCACCUUGUCAGCCAAGCCGGCCAUUUUACCAAUUGAUGUAACUGAAGAGAACGCAGAGGAUGCAGAUAUGUGGUGAUCUUGUCGUUCAGUUUAUAAACUGCUGUAUAAGUGAUUCUGUUUAUAAACUGCUGUAUAAGUGAUGAGGCGAAGAUGCAAAUUAAGAGUCUGUUAUUGAUGCAA